ACAGUUCCUCAUCCUCAUGACGUUAACGACGUCAAGUCAAACGUAAACAUUGGCUUUGUGGGAUAUCUGCAGUUGCUCGCUGUCGGACAAGAUGCAAUAUGCAAUGAGAUGGUGAAAGCAGAAGAUUAGUAUUAUAACGAAGAAACUCAGACUCUUCGGUGCUAUACUGUAAUGCAUUCCAGUAGCCCCUGAAGAAGAAAAAAUGGGGAACUCAAGUGUAAAAGAGGCUGUAGAAGAAGCAGAAGGAGAUAGAUGCUUGGAUUUAUCGUGCAAGCUUGAUCCACAGCAAUAUGUGAAGCAUGUAUCUGGAGAAUUCAUCGAAGGAUGUGUGCUUGCUUUUCCAUGGGAGAUGUAUUACAAUACUGUUUCCAUGUACGAAUAUGUUAAUGCAAGCUUCAAUUUUAUAAGUGAGAUUCCAGAAGAACUUAGUCUUCAUGUCCCCCACCUCCGUGUAUUGAACAUUAGUCAUAACCAAAUCACCAGUUUUCCACAUAGUUUUAAUCUCCUUCUCCAUCUGAGAGAACUAGAUGUUUCUUAUAACAGACUAAAAGCAUUACCAGAGACUGUCAUUCGACUGCCUCAACUUCACACACUCAACCUUGCUUAUAACAGCAUCACAGAGUUGCCGGCUUCAAUAACAAGGCUAAAGCAAUUGCGGAAACUGAAUAUUAGCUAUAAUAAUAUUCGGGCAUUACCUGGAGCUUUGAUUGAAUGCCCUAAAUUACAAGUGUUAGUGGCUCAUGGAAAUGAUCUCAUUCACCCUCCCCAAGCAAUUUGUGAUGCUAGUACAGAAAGUGCUUUUAUAUUUCUGAAAGAAAGGCAUAAAGCAUCUAGUGAAGGAAGGCUCAAAGUAAAGUCUAGUGUGUUUGAACGAGUGAGAGGUCAGCAGGUAUUAGCAAGUGUCAAUAAUCCUGAAUCUGCAAGCGUAGAGUAUCGUCAGGCCCAAGGUACAUCUCGUGCCAACAAACGUAAAUGCCCAUUGAUGCCUCCUGCAGAUGCAACCAUGCUGAAUGCAGAUCAGCUGAAGGAUAUGUUAAUAGGUCUAGUGUAUGGAGCUGCUAUAGGGGAUGCUGUUGGUCUAUGCACAGAAGGGUUAACAAGGUCAGAAUGCAAGUUCUUUUAUGACAAGGCGAAUUUUUCUUUGGACGCUCGAAUACGAGACCAUCUUCGCUCACAUUACCCCCCUUGUGAUUGGUCUUGUAAUACAGAUAUCAUGAUGUUGACAUUGGAGUCACUGAUGCGGUGGGGAGGAGUUGUGGAUGAAUUAGAACUUGCUUCCCAGUUAGACCAGUGGUUGGUGCAUGGUUACAUGGAACUUGACCCUGUACCAGGACAUAUGCUCUCAGCUUAUAUGAAAAAGGUUCUAUCCAAAGAUGGCUAUUCAGCAAAUCCCCAUACUGCUGCUAAUAGUGUAUACAAGGAAGUGAAAGAUGACAUGAGUAGAGGAAUAUUCAACUUGAAUCCUUGUGAUAAUUCAUGUCUUCCUUCUGCACUUGUCUUGGGUAUACCUAAUUUCUACAAAGAACAUGAAGUUGAGAUGAAUGCAGAGAGAAUUUGUCAGGCUUCUCAUUCCAGCCCAAUAGCAAGAGCAUCCUGUGUAUUUUUGGCCCUUCUGGUUGCUUCUCUGCUGAAGGGAAGUACAGUGAAUGAUGUUCCAGCAUUUAUGAAGAUUAUUGAAAAUCUCAUCAAGACAGUUGCUAAGAAACACUUGAGUGAAAAAGAUGAGCAAAUUUUCUUAAAUGUACUUGAUAUCAAAGUCAGUGAAGAAAGCUGUAGCAAUGAUGUUUUGACUUCUAUAGGACUGCUAAUGAACUCACUGGGGAAAAAGAAUGGUUAUGACUUCAAAUCUCAGAUUCUGGACAUUGUAAUGAGAGGUGGAGAAGGUAUAUGUGUUCAUGCUAGUGUCACAGGUGGAAUCUUAGGUGCCUUGCUAGGUUACUCAAACCUCCCACAGGACUGGUUAAAACAGCUUCCUCAGGAAAAUGUCAGCCUCCUGAAUAGCAAACUUAAUUUGCUCUUGGAUCUCUUUGGGUUGCCCUAAGAGAUUUAUGUAAUGUUUAUUGUUUAAUGCUUUUUUUUUUGUAAAUGCAUGAAUGGUGUUGGGGUGCCUUGUAUUGUUAAGUUUUAAAUGAUAUUUUAUGAUAUUUACAUGCAUAUGUAAGAAAAAUUAUUUGUAGCAAUAUAAUAAAAUGCCAAGAGUACUCUUUAUCAUUGAUAUCCUUUAAUUUGUAAUACUAUUGUCAUUUUAUUGUUUUGAUGAUGUAGCAAAAUUUUCAGUUACUGUACAUACAAUAAUAAGUAUUUAAAAACCAUUUAGAGAACUACCUAGACACCUUGUAAACAAACCACAUAACAUCGCUAAUACUACUGUGUAGUACAUUUACAAUAAGUCAUUCGAUAGCUAAGCAUUUUGUUGUUGUUUUGAAAUUGUAUGUUUUUUCAUGUGAGUUUUACAGAGGGAAGAAAAAGGUUGUAUGUAUUUAGCAUUAAUUUUAAAGAAGAAAUUAUGUGCAAGUUCACCCAUCUGAAGGGUGAUGUCAGUGCAUGCUAUUGGUGGAGGAGGAAAAGGUUUACUAGGAGAAUACUACUGAAGGCUGAAUUUAAUCUUCAGUUGGAUGUACACAAUAAGAACUUCUCAAGAGUUUCCUGAAAGUCUGUUUAUCUUUUCAGUAUGGUAUAUCAUGCACGCAAGCACAGAACACUGGAAGUUGAAUAUCUUGUACCAAGACAAUUUUUUUUUAAAUGGUUUUGUUGUUUGUCCAUAUGUAUUAUAUUACUACUGCAUAGGUAUAUUAUUUGUAUUUUUUUAACAUUUAUUUAUUUAAUGUGAUUUGGCAUUUUUCUCUAUUAAUUUUUAUAUUUUUAUGAUUGAUGACUGAAUGCUGGAACUACAAAUACUUACAUACAGUAUAUACACUGCAAAGUGUAAUGAAUGUCAUGUAAGUACUAGCAAUAAAUUUUUUUUACAUUUUUAA